CUUCCGUAGGGACUCGACGCCCAGCUCCGUCUGCGCUCGAGCCUGGCGGGCAGUAGAGGCGCGUCCAGCCCGGCCUGCGAGCGGCGGGCGAUCGCAGCUGGAUGAGAAUGCGGUGAACGGCGCGGCCCUGGCCACACGGCCCCAGCCCCGCGCUUCCCGUCCGCCCGCACCGAGGAGCCGAAGCCCGCACGGCCGCUCUAGGGAAGCACGAGCGGCGCGGGAAACCGUCAUGGACCGCGGUGGCCCCGUAGGCAGCCCCCUGACGUCUAGCAACGAGUCCGCCUCCCCGGCUGCCGCCCCCCGCGACUCGAGCCCCAGAGGGGCCCGGCCAGGACCUUCAGGUGCCGGGGUGGGUCUGCACUCGGGGAGCGGGCGGCCCGCUGCAGCCAACGCGGCGCGGGAGCGCAGCCGGGUGCAGACCCUACGGCACGCCUUCCUGGAGCUGCAGCGCACGCUGCCCUCCGUGCCGCCGGACACCAAGCUGUCGAAGCUGGACGUGCUGCUGCUGGCCACCACCUACAUCGCGCACCUGACCCGCACUCUGCAGGACGACGCCGAGGCCCCGGCCGCCCCCGGACUGGGCGCACUUCGCGGCGACGGCUACCUGCACCCUGUGAAGAAAUGGCCCAUGCGGUCAAGAUUGUACAUUGGUGCUACUGGUCAGUUUCUGAAGCAUUCUGUCUCUGGAGAAAAAGCAAAAAAUGGCAGCACUUCUACAGACUUACAGCCUUAGGCUCUUCCCUGAUGGGAACUGGUAGAAAAUAUGAACUAAUUCUAUAUUUAUUACACAGGAUGUAACAAAUACCAUUUCUGGAACUUGACAUAUGAAUUCACAGGUGAAUGAAUAUUCAGGUCUGUCAAAAUAAGUGUAUAAUGAAAUAAUCAGUCUUGUAUAAAACACACAGCUUAUCUUUGUAGUAUGAGAGAUAGUCACUACUAUAUCCUGCAAGAUAAACUAUUGGAUAAAAGAAAAAGACACACAAAAGCAAAGCUUUUUGUAUAUAUCCAAAGAAUGCACACACUUUAGUAGCAUAUCUAUGACAAACUGAAAGCUAAUAGUUAACAAUAGAAGCUUCAUAGUUUAAAAAACAAAGUUAUGUUUAUAAUAGACCCACAUUCCAUUUUCACCAAAGUAGUUUGUGAUCAAGGUUAAUCUAAAGACUGAUUUUUUAAUGGAAGCUAUGAGAUAAUUUAUUCAGUUUUAGCUGAAAUGUGUGAAAGACUGCUGUGGUAGCAUGAAGAUGCAGUAACUUCUACAACUAGUUAUCCCCACCCCACCCCCUUUUUU